AUGCAACGACGAUCCCGUGCCCAUAAAGGGGCCAGCCUUACCAACAGGGCUAGCUCGAGUUCGAUGCCAGAACCUAGAGCUGAUAAUGAAGAAGAUGAUUGUGAAACACUCAAUGAAGCUUUAUUAGAUGAACCUGAGUCUGAAACUGUAUCUGAAGCUGCACCUCAGACUCCAAAAGACUCUGUGGCCAUGCCAGAUAGCCAAUGUGUGAAGUGGCCAGCUUAUCGCUGCCACUUCUAUUCAAACUGGAGAAAGACUAAGGAGCGAGUCUAUGCAAAGUGCAACCUCUGCCUUGACAACAAGUACCACAUGGGCAUCAAGAGCUCAUUUUCCAACUUUAUUCGACACCUCCAAAGAUUCCACAAAGAAGAAUGGGAUUCUUUUGAGUCCUCUAAGGAGUCGAAGCAACCAUCAAUCAGGUCAUUUGUCUCCCCUCGAGUUCCCAGCCGUGGAAGGAAGGUGCAGCUGGAUAGGCUUCUGUGCCAGAUGGUGAUUACGGACAAUCUUCCGCUCAAUAUUGUCAGGAGGCAAGGCUUCCGAUCGUUAAUUUCGGCUUUGUACCCUGAUUACAAAAUACCGUCCCCAGAAAAACUCCGAAAGCUUAUCGAUGAGCUUUUUGAAGAAACGAAGGCUGCAUUAAGGGAUAAGCUGGAACGUGUCAAUUCCACCUCCAUUAUAAUGGACUUGUGGUCUUCGAAAACUAUGCGGGGGUACCUAGGCAUUUCCUGCACGGGCGUGACCGAGGAUUACGAGCCGUUCAACGCUUUCUUAAGUCUACGGCCUAUGCAAGGCAGGCAUACCGGUGCAGCAAUUUUUGCCGAGUAUGAGUCGAUUGUGAAAGAAUGGAAUAUUACCAACAAGGUCAUCCGUGUCAUGACAAGUAACACAUCGAACAUGAAGUCUGCUUUCUCUACCAGUCUACCCAGCUGGGAGGCUGCACCAUCUCGCGGUGGAAUGCCUAUGACCGACAACACUGACGAGUGUGACGAUGAUGACGACGAUGACGACGAUGUUGACGGAUGGGUUGACUUGGAAUUGGAGAUCGACGAGUGGAACUCUCAAUAUCAUCUCAUCGAAAAGCUUAUGCAAGCCAUCGAAAUCUGCCCCUCACUCCAAGAAAAGUUGAACGCCUGCAAGAAGCACGGCAGUUUGUCCCAGAGUCAGAUUAAGAUGCUUAAAGAGCUUCUACUUCUUCUUGGACCAAUCAAACAAGCCACUGAUGCUUUCCAGAAAGCCAAUGAGACCAUCGGACUUGUCAUCCCCGCCUAUUUGGAUGUGUCAAAUAGAGUAACUCUAGAUCCGAAGCUCAAUCCAGAUUGCAGUGUCAUCACCUCGAAAGAAUGCAGGAAGGUUGCCGAAGCAUUGAAAACUUCUAUCGUCGAGCGUAUGAAUGGUUGUCUCAAGGACAAUUUCUCUGUUCUAGGGGCCACGUUGGACCCAAGAUUCAAAUCGAAGUGGAUUCAGUCAUCUGGUCUUGUCGAGAACGAUCUCUUGCAGUCCAUUAGAUCCGAACUGGAAUACCGAUACAAACAUUUGCGAGACUCCCAAGAAAUUCAAGAGGGCACAGCAGGUAGGGCAAUGAAUUCACCUCCGUCUAAGCGCCAAACCUUGACUCGGGCUCUAUUUUCAACGGUCAUCCAGAAAAGGGCUCAGUCUGCUAGCGCAUCAAAGGUCCUUGAUGAAUUUGAAUUCUACCUCUCAGAACCAGUGUACCAGUCAAGUGGUUCAUAUUUUCCUGACAAUGAUUGUACUUCUGACUUGCGCUUUAGUCCCUUGGGUUAUUGGAAAGUAAACGCCCAUCGAUUCCCGUUGUUGGGUUUGAUAGCAAGGGAGCUCUUCGGGGUGCCCGCUUCCGCGAGGAGAGAUCGAACGGGUCUUUAG